AUGUCGACCUUUCUUGACAACGCCUACAGCUUGGUCCACCAGGACAAUGCUGCCGAUGUGCCUACCCUGACGGACCUGCGCAACCAGCUGGAGAAGGGAACAGACGAGAGCAAGGUUGACACCAUGAAGCGCAUUUUGACGGUCAUGCUGAACGGCGACCCAAUGCCCCAGCUGCUCAUGCACAUUAUCCGCUUUGUCAUGCCCUCCAAGUACAAGCCGUUGAAGAAGCUUCUGUACUUCUACUACGAAAUCUGUCCCAAGUUGGAUGCUCAGGGCAAGCUCAAGCAGGAGAUGAUUCUGGUGUGCAAUGGCAUUAGAAACGACCUGCAACAUCCAAACGAGUACAUCCGGGGCAACACACUACGUUUCCUCUGCAAGCUGCGCGAACCUGAGCUGAUCGAGCCGCUGCUGUCCUCAGCACGCCAGUGUCUCGAGCACCGACACGCCUACGUCCGAAAGAACGCCGUCUUCGCCGUUGCUUCCAUCUACCAACACUCGCAAUCACUCAUUCCGGACGCCUCUGACCUGAUCGCCACCUUCCUCGAGACCGAGAGCGAUGCCACUUGCAAGCGCAAUGCUUUUGCUGCCCUUUCUUCCAUAGACCACGACAAGGCGCUGGCAUACCUCAGCCAAGUCUUCGAGGGAAUCCCCAACGCAGAGGAGCUGCUCCAGUUGGUGGAACUCGAGUUCAUCCGCAAAGAUUCUGUUCAGAACUCGCAGAACAAGGCACGAUAUUUGAGACUCAUCUUCGAUCUUCUCGAAGCCGGCGCAUCGACUGUCGUAUACGAGGCCGCCUCAUCACUCACAGCCCUGACCAGCAACCCCGUUGCAGUGAAAGCCGCUGCUGCCAAAUUUAUCGAACUCAGUAUUAAGGAGGCAGAUAACAAUGUCAAGCUUAUUGUGCUUGAACGCGUGGAUCAGCUCAGGCAGAAAAAUGAAGGCGUGCUGGACGAACUCAUUAUGGAGAUACUCCGCGUUUUGUCCAGUCCCGACAUUGAUGUGCGAAGAAAGGCUCUUAGCAUUGCCUUGGAGAUGGUCUCCAGCAAGAACGUUGAGGAGGUGGUCUUGCUGCUCAAGAAAGAGCUGUCCAAGACCGUCGAUCAGGAGUACGAAAAGAACGCCGAAUACCGUCAACUGCUUAUUCACUCGAUCCAUCAAUGCGCCAUCAAAUUCUCCCAAGUUGCUGCCAGCGUGGUGGACCUCCUGAUGGACUUCAUCGCCGACUUCAGCAACACCUCCGCAGUCGAUGUUAUCAACUUCGUCAAGGAGGUUGUGGAGAAAUUCCCCAAGCUGAGGCCGUCCAUCGUCGAGCGCCUCGUUGCAACGCUCAGUGAGGUCCGCGCUGGUAAGGUCUACCGCGGAAUCAUCUGGAUCGUGGGAGAGUACUCUCUGGAGGAAAACGACAUUCGGGAUGCCUGGAAGAGGAUCCGUGCUAGUCUGGGAGAGAUUCCCAUUCUAGCUUCGGAACAGCGACUGCUGGACCACGCAGAUGGGGACGGGGAGAAGGACAAGGAGCAGGUUAACGGUCACUCCAAGCCAGCAGCCCCGUCUGGUUCGAGGAAAGUGCUUGCCGACGGUACCUAUGCCACCGAGACUGCUCUAACCAGCUCCGCCGCAGCUGCCGCGAAGCUGGAGGCCGUCAAGGCAGCACAAAAGCCACCUCUGCGACAGCUCAUCCUCGAUGGUGACUACUACCUGGCAACCGUCCUCUCUGCGACUCUUACCAAGCUUGUCAUGCGGCACUCGGAGAUCUCGCCUGAUAGCGCGCGCACAAACGCUUUGAGGGCCGAGGCUAUGCUUAUUAUGAUUUCCAUCAUCCGCGUUGGCCAGUCUCAGUUCGUCAAGGCACCCAUUGACGAGGACUCGGUCGACAGAAUCAUGUCUUGCGUCCGAUCAUUAGCAGAGCUCGCCAAGAAGCGCGAACUAGAGUCCGUUUUCCUCGACGAUACCCGAAAAGCCUUCCGUGCUAUGGUUCAGGUUGAGGAGAAGAAGCGUGCCGCCAAGGAGGCCCACGAGAAGGCCAAGACAGCCAUUCAAGUUGACGAUGUCGUACAGAUCCGUCAGCUCUCCAAGAAGAACGUGGGCGACGGCACCGAUGAGAUCGAGCUUGACCUUGAGAAGGCCACAGGUGGUGAUGCACCAUCAGAAGAUCUGUCGUCGAAACUGACCCGGGUUGUGCAACUCACUGGUUUCUCGGAUCCUGUCUAUGCCGAGGCAUAUGUCAAGGUGCACCAAUUCGAUAUCGUCCUCGACGUCUUGCUGGUCAACCAGACUACCGAGACAUUGCAAAACCUUUCAGUAGAAUUUGCAACUCUGGGAGACCUGAAGGUGGUUGAGCGUCCGACCACACAAAACCUGGGUGCCCACGACUUCCAUAAUGUGCAGUGCACGAUCAAGGUCUCCUCGACUGAUACCGGUGUCAUCUUUGGCAAUGUCGUAUAUGACGGUGCCCACAGCACCGACACAAACGUGGUUAUCCUUAAUGACCUCCACGUCGAUAUCAUGGACUACAUCCAGCCAGCCACGUGUACGGAGACCCAAUUCAGAACGAUGUGGACCGAGUUCGAGUGGGAGAACAAGGUCAACAUCAAUUCGAAGGCGAAGACUCUUAGGGAGUUUUUGACACAGUUGAUGGCAUGCACGAACAUGAAUUGUCUCACACCCGAGGCAAGUUUGAAGGGCGAUUGCCAGUUUUUGAGCGCGAACUUGUACGCGAGAAGUGUGUUUGGGGAGGAUGCUUUAGCCAAUUUGAGCAUCGAGAAAGAAGGCGACGACGGCCCCAUCACCGGUUUCGUCAGGAUAAGAAGCAGGUCUCAAGGUCUAGCCCUCAGUCUGGGUAGUCUGAAGGGCUUGAACAAGAUCGGAACGGCGGCUGCUUAG